CCGCUAACGCCGACGACGCGGCGACGACUGCUGCGCCAGUGGAGACCUGCAAUCCUCAGCCCACCUGCCCUCCCUUCCCCCCUCUCCGUUCGCCUCUCUCCCCCUCUCCCACCUUCCUCUCUACUCGCGGCGUCGAGCGCCGCGGCCCUUCGCCGGCGCCGAGCACGGAGCACGCACCAGGUCCGCCUCUGGUGCUAGCGGAGGUUUCGGUCGCUGUGGGGGGCUUUCGGAUUUCUCCGUCCCCCCUUUUGUUUGGGUUCUAAAAAUUUCAGUUCCUGGAUUGGAACUGAGUCUGGCUUACCAAGACAUGGAAAAGUUCUGCUGCUUCGGCGCCGGUUGCUCAGAUUUCACGGGGCAUGGGUCAACAGCAUCUGGUAAAGGGAAAGUCUGUCACGGGCAAGUCAAGGUCUCCUAUGGAUAUAACCUUGUAAGAGGGAUGACGAAUCAUCCAAUGGAGGACUAUCAUUUUGUCGAUCUUGUUGAGGUCAAAGGAAACGAGCUUGGUCUUUUUGCUAUUUAUGAUGGUCAUCUAGGAGACACCGUUCCUGCGUAUUUACAGAAGAAUCUAUUUACAAAUAUUUUGAAUGAGGAAGAGUUUUGGACACAUACAGAUAGAGCGAUUACAAAAGCGUAUGAAAAAACAGACCAGGCUAUUCUGUCACAUACUCCAGAUUUGGGACAGGGUGGCUCCACUGCUGUAACUGCCAUUCUUGUGAAUGGCAGGAAGUUAUGGGUAGCUAAUGUUGGUGAUUCAAGAGCUGUUCUUUUGAAAGGUGGUGAGCCCAUACAGAUGUCAAUAGACCAUGACCCGAAUGUUGAGCGAAGUGUAAUUGAAAAUAGGGGUGGCUUUGUUUCAAAUAUGCCAGGAGAUGUUCCCCGAGUAUGUGGUCAGUUGGCUGUCUCCAGAGCUUUUGGAGACAGGAAUCUAAAAUCACUAUUGAGAUCAGAGCCUGAUAUAAAAGUCGAAGACAUAGAUCACACUGCUGAGCUACUUGUCCUUGCGAGUGACGGUCUUUGGAAGGUGAUGAACAAUCAAGAGGUUGUCGAUUUGGCCAAAAGGUACAAGGAUCCCUAUGCUGCUGCCAAGCAACUAACUGCUGAAGCGCAAAAAAGAGAGAGUAAAGAUGAUAUAUCGUGCAUUGUUGUUCGUUUCAAGGCGUAAAUCGGUCACAGGCAGAUUCACGAAGGAUUUUCAUGGAGAGCAAAAAAACGAGUAAAUUAGGCUGCCCGAUGACGGUAGUGGUAAUCUGAUGGAUGAAUAAUUACUGGGGGUUCGCUGUAAAUGAUUUGUCUGCUCCAUUGUAAAGUUCAUAUAUAAAUAUGCUACUAGGAUUAUUUGGUUUUGGCGAUUUCAAAGGUACAGGUGUGAGGGCCCGAGAGCUACUAAAUAGCUAUCAUAUGUAAAUAAUGGUUAUAUUGGACGUUGAAUUUGUAAGAGUAGGCUGAGCAAAAGACAUUUGGAUAGUUCCUAGAGGAAUUGCAUGGUACUCUAUAUGUUCAGAAGGUUC